UUCCCUUUACACUAACAUCGAUUCAUCGAGCCACUGGUUCUUUACUCGCUUUCCCAUCGCGAUUAACUUUCCUUCCCUCUAGCCUUUGCACAGUGAUCUCUCUCUCUCUGAUCCCGCUUUCUCUCUCUCUUCAACAUCUCCUUGCAACUAUUUCUUGCUUCCCAAGGUAUCUCUCUAACAGCUCGUUCCAGUAUUUGUCACUUCACAGCAGUAUUUGUCAUUUCAAAGAUCCUAACUUCAGAUUAGCCAAUAACAGGCAAGGAGCAUCCCCUUUUAAUACAGCAAGAACUUGUAGCUCAACCAGAGGCACUUUUAACUAUGAGUCUGCCUGGUUAUACUGUGGAAGUCACUAAUCUCUCCCCUAAUGCAUCUGAGAAGAAUGUUGAAGAUUUCUUUGCAUUUUCUGGGACAGUUGAACAUGUGGAGAUUACAAGGUGCGGGGAUUAUGCAUGCACUGCUUAUGUGACAUUUAAAGAACCCUAUGCGUUGAACACUGCGGUCUUGCUUAAUGGAGCUACAAUAGUUGAUCAGCCUGUGUGCAUAGCUCGUUGGGGCCACUAUGAUGAUGCGUUCGAUCUGUGGGAUCAGCCUUGGAUGGUUGACAAUGAUUCGGCUUAUAUGGCAUCACACGAGAGCCACUUGGUCUCCACACCCGGGGAAGCCUUGACGAUAGCUCAAGAUGUAGUGAAAGCCAUGGUCUCCAAAGGCUACGUUUUGGGCAAAGACGCUCUGAUUAAAGCUAAAGCCUUUGAUGAGUCCCACCACGUGACUGCUAGUGCUAUGGCUAAGGCUGCCGAACUUAGCCGAAGAAUUGGUUUAACUGACAAAAUUGAGACAGGUGUUGGUGCUAUACGAUCAGUUGAUGAGAGAUAUAGAGUGAGUGAUACCACGAAGUCAGUGAUCGAGGUAACUGGAAAGACUGCUGCUGCUGCUACGACUGCGAUUCUUAACAGUAGCUACUUCUCAGCUGGGGCUCUAUGGGUAUCGGGUGCUUUGAGCAAGGCAGCAAAGGCAGCAGCUGAUUUGGCAGUUCAUGGGGCAAAUAAGUAGAGAGAGAGAGAGAGAUGGGUGAUAGAUAGAUGUGCGUUUAGUUUAGUUUAGUGUAGAGAGAGAGAGAGAGAGAUGGGUGAUAGAUAGAUGUGCGUUUAGUUUAGUUUAGUGUAUAAAGAGAGAGAGAGAGAGAUUGGUGAUAGGUGGAUGUGGGUUUAGUUUAGUGUAGUUGAGCAAGACGGAUGAUAGGAGUGGCGGGCCUGGUGGGUUUAGUUCAGUGUAGUUGUAUUACUGUGAAUAGCUAAGGAGUCUGAAUUGUGAAGUAUGAAAAAUAUGAGAUGUAUAGAAGUUUAGAUGGUGAUCUUGUUGGUUCUUGGUUCUUACUGUGCAGUGAGAAAAUGUCCAUGGAAGCAUUUCCCUGUUCA